GGGGCGUCACAUAUCCCUACUUCUGUGGCGAUCGGAUUGCACUUUUACCCAAUUUGGGAAGCUGCAUCUGUUGAUGAGUGGUUAUACAAUGGUGGUCCUUAUGAGCUAAUUGUUCUACACUUCUUACUUGGUGUAGCUUGUUAUAUGGGUCGUGAGUGGGAACUUAGUUUCCGUCUGGGUAUGCGUCCUUGGAUUGUUGUUGCAUAUUCAGCUCCUGUUGCAGCUGCUACUGCUGUUUUCUUGAUUUACCCUAUUGGUCAAGGAAGCUUUUCUGAUGGUAUGCCUUUAGGAAUCUCUGGUACUUUCAACUUUAUGAUUGUAUUCCAGGCAGAGCACAACAUCCUUAUGCAUCCAUUCCACAUGUUAGGUGUAGCUGGUGUAUUCGGCGGUUCCCUAUUCAGUGCUAUGCAUGGUUCCUUGGUAACCUCUAGUUUGGUCAGGGAAACUACUGAAAAUGAAUCUGCUAAUGAGGGUUACAAAUUUGGUCAAGAGGAAGAAACUUAUAAUAUUGUGGCUGCUCAUGGUUAUUUUGGCCGAUUAAUCUUCCAAUAUGCUAGUUUCAACAACUCUCGUUCUUUACACUUCUUCUUGGCUGCU